GGUAUCCACUGAGAGAAAAGCUUAUAAAAAUAUAACACAAAACGCAUUAAAAAAAAACGAAACUGCAAAGAGAGAGAGACGAGUCGAAGAAGAAGAAGAAGAAGAAGAAGAGGCGUUGUUGCUGCUAAGCUUUAACCAAUCCCAAAACCUCUCUUCUUCAUUCUCCAAUCCCGACCUAAUUAACCAACACUCGAAUUCGAAUCCAAUUCCGAUGAAGACGGCGGAUCCGAACGGCCGGUUCUUCACGAUCGGUCUCGUGGCGUCGUGGUACUCCUCGAACAUCGGAGUCCUCCUCCUGAACAAGUACCUCCUGAGCAACUACGGGUUCAAGUACCCGAUCUUCCUCACCAUGUGCCACAUGACCGCCUGCUCCCUCCUCAGCUACGUCGCCAUCGCCUGGCUCAAGAUGGUCCCUAUGCAGACCGUCCGAUCCCGCGUCCAGCUCCUCAAGAUCGCCGCCCUCAGCCUCGUCUUCUGCGUGUCGGUCGUCUUCGGCAACGUCUCCCUCCGGUUCCUCCCGGUCUCGUUUAACCAGGCGGUCGGCGCUACGACGCCGUUUUUUACGGCCGUGUUCGCGUAUAUGAUGACGAUGAAGAGGGAGGCUUGGUUGACUUAUGUCACGCUCCUCCCUGUUGUCACCGGUGUUGUCAUUGCCAGUGGGGGUGAGCCAAGCUUCCACCUGUUUGGGUUCAUUAUGUGCAUUGCAGCCACAGCUGCGAGAGCGCUUAAGUCUGUUCUCCAAGGGAUUUUACUUUCUUCAGAAGGGGAGAAGCUGAACUCUAUGAAUCUUCUUCUUUACAUGGCUCCUAUAGCUGUUGUGUUCCUUCUUCCUGCUACGCUCAUCAUGGAGAAGAACGUUGUUGGCAUCACGAUCGCACUCGCCAGAGACGAUUUUAGAAUCGUUUGGUAUCUGCUUUUCAAUUCUGCGCUCGCUUAUUUCGUCAACUUGACCAAUUUCUUAGUCACUAAACACACUAGCGCUCUGACUCUGCAGGUGCUGGGGAACGCGAAAGGUGCAGUAGCCGUGGUGGUUUCGAUCCUGAUAUUCAAGAAUCCUGUCUCGGUGACUGGAAUGUUGGGUUACUCGCUCACCGUCUGUGGAGUUAUCCUCUACAGUGAAGCCAAGAAACGAAGCAAAUGAUAAAUGAAAUUAUUCCGUUUUUAUUUUGUUAGGUCCUCAGUUUCAGGUAAAAACACACCAAAAAGAAGUUUCUUUUUACUGUGAACAAGAAACCUUAAAACAGCAUCUUCUUAGGACCAAGCAUCAAAGGAUCAGAGUACUACCAACAGCUAUCAUUUAGAGGACUUUUGACAAACACGUGAUAUUUUUUUUCCCUUCUUUGUGUUGUGUUUUCCACAGCUUUUGUCGUAGGUUGUUCCAAGGGUAACUUGGGUUUAGCUUUCUUAUUUUUGUCGAUUCUUUUACAAUCUAGUUAUGUGAUGUCAACAUUUACAAACACUGAUUAAUUAAUGGAAAAGACAAAGGGCUUUUUCUUUCA